UUACACCAUCUCUCUUUAUCUUUCUCACACACACACACAAUAUAUAUACACAGAUCCCCAUGGGAAUGCAGAGAGGAAUGCCACCCAUUUCCCAGCAUACACUUUUCUUCGCUCAACUUCAUUCCUUUUGUUUUCUUUGAAACCAACGAUUUAGAGAAACGGAAACACGAGAUUUCUUGUUUGUGAUUAUUUCUCCGCCAAAGUAUAUAACAAGAGAUGAUUCAAGCUUGUGUAGAAAAAGAGAGAUAGAGAGAGAGAGAGAGAGGAAUAUCAUAAAAUGAUUACUCCAUUUUCUCCCGAAUGAUUGUGAACCAGUAAACGUAAAACCCAACAAAAAAAAUUCAAUCUCGAGAAAAAUGAAAGACAUCAACGACGACGGCGACAUCAACACUUGGCUCGGCUUCUCCCUCUCUCCCCACAUGAAAAUCGAGCCCAACUCCCACCACCACCACUUCUCCCACUCCCACUCCCCUCCCACCACCACCUCCUCCGCCGCCGCCGCCUACCUCUCCAAUUUCGCCAUCGACGACGCCCCCCUCUCCGUAAUGCCCCUCAAAUCCGACGGCUCCCUCUGCCUCAUGGAAGCCCUCUCCAGAUCACACCCCCACGCCGUCCCCCCGCAGCCCAAACUCGAAGACUUCCUCGGCGCCGCCUCCAACCAAGCCAUGGAUUUUUACACCCACCAGAACCACUACUUCUCCAACUACACCUUCUACCAACACCACCAAAUCCCAGAAGAGGAAAGCUUCAAAACAUGGGAGGAGAAUGCCAUGAGGUCGAAUGAAAUCCAAUCACUCAGCUUGUCGAUGAGCCCGGGCUCGCAGUCGAGCUGCAUUACGGCGUCACGACCGGCUGAAAUCACCGAAUCUGCGGCCAUGGGAAGCAAGAAGAGAGGGGCGGAGAAGCUUGGGCAGCAGCAGAAGCAGACUGUCCAUCGCAAGUCCAUUGACACAUUUGGCCAGAGAACUUCUCAGUAUAGAGGCGUCACAAGACAUCGUUGGACGGGUAGGUAUGAAGCUCACUUGUGGGAUAACAGUUGCAAGAAGGAGGGGCAGACCAGAAAAGGAAGACAAGUCUAUCUUGGUGGUUAUGAUAUGGAAGACAAAGCUGCCAGAGCUUAUGAUCUUGCUGCUCUUAAAUACUGGGGCCCUUCUACCCACAUCAAUUUUGGGCUCGAAAACUACCAUCAAGAACUCGAGGAUAUGAAGAACAUGAGCCGACAAGAAUAUGUCGCCCACUUGAGAAGGAAAAGCAGUGGUUUUUCUAGGGGGGCUUCGAUAUACAGAGGUGUAACAAGGCAUCACCAGCAUGGUAGAUGGCAGGCGAGGAUCGGUCGUGUUGCUGGAAACAAGGAUCUCUACCUUGGAACAUUCAGCACGCAGGAGGAGGCGGCCGAGGCUUACGACAUCGCGGCGAUCAAGUUCCGGGGAGUGAACGCGGUCACCAACUUCGACAUUUCCCGGUACGACGUGGAGAAGAUCAUGGCCAGCAGCACUCUGCCCACUGGGGAGGUGGCCCGGAGGACCAAGGAGGGGAGGCCUUCCGCGUCCGUUGAGGAGUGCCAUGGAGGCGAGGCGCCUCCCCUUGCUGUUGCUGCUCGGGGCGAGCAUGUUUCCAACGCGUGUGAUUGGAAGAUGGUGCCCUACAACGAUGCCCCGGGGCAGGGGCAGGGGCAUCAAGGGAGUGUUGGCGUUGGCACGCUUGAAGUGAAGACUUUGAAUCUCGGGAGCUAUCAAAGCCCCGCGUUCUCCACCGGCCUGCACGAUUUAAUUGGUCUCGACACGAGCCAGAGGGCGGUGCACGAGUCAACCACCAGCACCAUGGCGCCCCACUUCUCGAACGCGUCGUCCUUAGUUACUAGCUUGAGUAGCUCAAGGGAGGCUAGCCCCGAUAGGUACGGGGACGGCCCUAGUAGGUUCGUGGGCCCCUCUAGCAACAUGGGUGCGUGGAUCCCGACCGCUCAGCUCAGGCCGGUGCUGCUCACCACGGCCCAGUUGCCGGCCUUUGCGUCAUGGAACGACGCCUGAAGGCUCCUUCAGGCGUUGUUACAUGGAUUUUCUUGAAGUGGGAAAAAAACAAUACCCCCUAAGAAAAUGGAGAAAAAAAAUGGAUAUGUUGGCUAUAAGCUUUUUUUGUGUAAUGGUGGUAGACAUUGGAAAUCAUGAAAGGGGGACAAUGGUGGGAUCCAUUUAUAUCUAUUUGCAACUACGUAUUAGGAGCUUUUUCCAAACUCAAAAAUGCUUUUUCUACCUAUUGGGAUAAAGAUUUUGCAAAAUGGAGGGAAUCUUGAUUGGCCUCUCUCAUGAUUAAAUCUUCCUUUGUAUUA